ACGCCUCAAUUCAAGAUAAAUCUUAAAAAAACUUUUUGCGGUCGCAUCUCACGGCCCGAGAUUUAUGAGGCAAUUUGAGUCGAUUCCCUUCGGAAGUGACAGGUGUACAGCCAAACGUAAAAGUGCAAGCUCUUAUGUUUGUUGUGGCAAUUAGAGAUUUUCAUCAAAUCAGUUUCCGCAGGAGAAACGUAUUAAUCUUGGAUUGUUGUUACACCUCCACACUCGUUUGAAAAUGCAAAUUUGACGGAUUGUUUUGUUGGGCUGUUUUGGUAAGCGUUGUAUUUGUGAGUGCUCGAGGAGCGUUCGAGUUGAUUUUGAUCGAGCGCUACUCCAUCACGAAUUAGCCAAGAGUCCCCAUGCCACUGGAUCUUCCGCUCUAUUACGCUGGCGUAGCGGAUGAAGACAUGCUCGAUGAGUUUCUUGUGGGCAGGCGAGAACUGGACCAUGGCCAAAGCUCAACCAUGGACGUCCGGAGAUUUCUCAAUGUCAAGUACCAUCAGGCUUCCGUGGGAAAAAUAAAGAAGGUUGCUGCUGUGUCAACCAUCGCCAUUAUAUUUUUUAUAGUUAUUAUAUUCACCUUUGGCUCCCCUCCAGUUAAAAAAAUUGCGAUGAAGACUUCUUCGGCUCAGUCACCAAUUGCUGAAGAGUCUGGUACCAAGCAACACUUCUUCGUGCUGGCCACGAAUCCCGACAUUCCUGUCAAACUUUCUCUCAAUUGCCAUACGUGCUCUUUAGUGAGCUCUUCUGGAAUGCUGCUUGGCAGUAAUGCAGGCUCAGAAAUAGAUUCUGCCGAUUGUGUGUUCAGAUUGAACUCUGCGCCUACUCUCGGUUAUGAGAGAGACGUUGGAAGAAGAACCACUGUUCGGGUUGUCUCAGUGACAGGUUUCAAGUCUUUGAUUAGGGAUUCUUGGCAGGAAACCUUAGCUUCGUUUGAAGAUCUAGAUUACAUGAUACUGCUCGGACCGGAUGAGGCGCUGUGUAAAAAUUGUACACUUUCUAAACUGUACCAGAAAUUUGCCAAAUACCUCAAAAAUACUGGUGUUCUUCGGGUAACGCAAGAAACCUACCAGAAAGUCACACAAGAAUCAAGAAACCUUGGAAUAAAAUACGGAAGGCGGGACCUUCCCAUUUCUACAAGAUAUUUCACAAUGAAUCUCGUUCGUCAGUUUUGUCCCCGAAUCAGGGUAUUUGGUAUGGAAUUGGAAAACCCCUGUGAAAGACAUGGAACCGUUCCUGUGUUCUACUGGCUUCCAGAUUCCUGGCAGAGCAAUUGUUUGAGCCAAGGAGAAAGAGUUCACCAACAGUUCUUAAAAGGUCUUGUAAGACUCCGACAGGAAAGACAAAUCUUUAAAUCUUGGGCUCACAAGUAUCACAUUGAGUUCUUCUAUCCUUCUCAUAUAGUUACAUGAACAAUAUGAAGUCCAACAAACAGUUUAUUUUUCAAUUAAUCCUCCAUUUAAGGAAACUAUGAAGAACGAACACAAGAUCUAAACCUCAUUCUUGCGUUCCUCUUUCCACAACCGAUCUAGCGGCGUAAACACGCAUUCUCUGUGAGAAGGGGGGGACAGCACAAGCCAAUUACAGCCAAAUAAGGGCAUGUGAGCUUGCUUUAAACCCUAUACUCCUUAGCUAUGCGCUUGAAAUUGUUUUCGACUCACUGAAUUCUUCUGGGUGACCUCCGUUUUUCUGUGACACAGUAGUGUUUCUUUGCGUGAGCUUGCGUUCUAUGAUGCCUAACCUUAAUUUCUGUAAAUCAGGCUGUGAUGUCGUGCCCGGGGAGCAAACUUACACCGCGGCUAUUUUAAAGGGUUGAUUUUUAACCUUGGCUUGUUCUUGAUAACCUGUUUUUAAGGACGCGUCAGAGUAAGACAGAUCAGUGCUAGAGAGUCCACCCCUGCUAUAUCUACACUGAUAACAAUUAUGCGUUUAUGUUUCAAGCUUUUUUUUUUAUGGAGACACAAAAAACUUUGGAAAGACGUUCGCUGUAUUAUGUUUUUAUUGUAUAAUAUGCCUAGAUUUUUCGAAACAUGCCAUUAUGAUUUUGCCAAUCCCAGUAGCUGAGAUUGUAAAAAUGUAUUGUUUUCUUUGUUCAUUUUCAAAGAUGACAAACGGUGAAAUUUAACGGAAGCGUUCGUCCUUGAUAAAUGAACUUUAGUUCUUCAUUGCCUUCUUCUCGCAUCUCCUCUCAUUGUAAUAUUUUUACGAUUCUUUCUAUCAUUUGUAGUAGAUAUCAAUGAGACGUUUUCGAUAUAUCUUGCAUAAGUUACUAGAUAUUAUGUCAAUUACUUGUGCACUUGCAAUUGUUUUAUCAGUGCUACUGAAUGAAAACUCUUUCCUCUCUUUCCAAAUUUGAUUCAAUGACUUUGAAAUCUUUACUUUGAUUUGUGCAAAUUACAAAUUGAUGCUGAUAAAGCUAUCUGGUAAACCAACCAAAUGUAACUGCCUAAUAACUUGUUCAUAUAUGAUAUGUAGUCCAUUUUUUUUUAUCUGUUGAUGGUAGAAGUCGGAAUCUUGUUCUUUCACAAUACAUUAUCAAAUUGCUUCCGCCGA